AUGGGUGAGCAAGCCUACCAUGGAGCCCAUGUAGUAUGCUCUGGCACCAACCCAAGGAAGUGCCAGGACUUAGGAGACACAAUUCUUCUGAUUCUGGGCAGCUUCAUCUUGCUCAACGUUGGACUCAAUGUGGUGACUCUGCUCUGGAGGCAUCUGAAGGGCUUCUUGAGAAUUCUUGUCCAUCACUUUUUCCCUAAAGGCAAGGAGAUCAGCGCUCUAGGCAGCAGGCCUGUGUGCGUGCGCUGCACUGCAGAUCCCAAGAACCUGUGCUCAAGAGUCUCUUCCCGCUUCCAUCGUCACCACAGCUUCCUCUUCAGGCAUGCUAACCACCACGACUCCUGGAUACCAGACACAAACGGUGAAAAGGCUUCUAGGUGCUGUGCAAUGUCACCUCAACGUGGACAAGCUAGGGCUCCCACAGAGGCUCCAGGGGGACUGUGGAAAGAGGGAGCUGGGAAAGCACCUCAGGUCACAGCCUUGAAGGCCUCCUUGCCCUCCAAGGCAGAGAGUGCUUCCCAGUUCUGGAAGAUGAACAAGUUGGACAUGGAUCUGUUCUCUUUACCCCAAGAGAGAAAAACUAAGACCUCAGACCAUGACCCUGCCUAUCCUCCCAUCAAGGCCAAGACCCAGUCCUCAGCCCAUACCUCAACGGCCUGUAUCCCACCCCCUACCCCAGACUCUACACCAACGCAUGUCCCACCCCCUACUCCAUCUUCUACCCCUACACAUGCCCCAGCCCCUAUCUCAGCCCCUACCCUGGCUCACAGCCAAGCCCACAUCCCAGCCCAUGCCGCAGGUCCUGCUCCAACCCAUGCCCCAGCUCUUAUCCCAACACAUGCCUCAACCCCUACUCCAGCCCAGGCCCCAGCCCACACCCCUGAGCAUUCCCAGGCCCACAGUUCUGAGAACACCUCAGCCAAUACCCCAGUCCACCCCCAAGCCUAUGCCUCAGCCCACUCCCAGAACCAUGACCCAGUUCAUACUUCAACCCAGGCCUGGUCCCACGCCAAGGCCCAUAUCCCUAAGCACAUAUCAGCUCAAGCCUCAGCAAGUACUCUAGCCAAUUCUCAUCUAAUUCAUUCCUAUGCCCACACUCCAGUUCCUGCCCUAUUCUCUGCCAAAGCCCCUCCCCGAUCCUGUGCCUCAGUCACUCCUGCCAUAUCCCCUAUCCAAGCCCCUGUCCCAGUCCAUGCCUUGACUACCACUUCAGCCUCUGUUCCUGUCCCUGCCACAACCUCUGCCCCAGUCCUAACUCCUAUUCCUUCUACUCUGGCUACCUUUGGUCCUAACCACUCCACUGGUCGUGUAGUCUAUGAUGCCCGCAGGGUAAAACAGAACAUCUUCCACAAGUGCAAUGCCCAGAACUCUGGGUAUUCCAGAAAGGACUUGGGUACCCUCUCUAGGCCCCAAGAGACACAGGGUCUGGAGAGUUCUGGUACAUCUGAACGGACACCAAAGCAAAAUGUUGGGGACAGUCCUGAGCCUCCUGCAGAACCUAUUCUGGGCUACAUGGAGUUGGGGAAUAUGGAAUGGAAGGUUUCAGAUGAUGCCAAAAACAAUUUCUCCCAGACUAAGACCUUCCCUUACUACAGCUUCCAUCCUUGCAGUUCAGAAAGGAAAAACACAAAUUCUAAGGCUCCAGUAUAUCCUAAAUUUCUGAUCUAUACCCAGGAUGCUGCUCCUUCUAAACAUUGCUUUCACUCUCCAACCACUGCCCAGAGCUCACUGCCCACACUUACUCCACCAUGCAUUCUUUCUCUGCCACUUGUUUCUCCCAAAGCCUUUGUCCUAACUCACCCUACCAACCACCAGAAACCCUCCAACUUAGCACAAAACCCCACCUUUCUUCCAACCUCCAAGUCUCCUCAAUAUGUCCCCUCUUCACACUUUCCCACCCCUCCCCAGUUCUCCACCAUUUCCCAAUCCCUGAUUCAAUCCCCCGAACUUCAUGAUAAUCAAGGUCUUAGCCAAGACUCUGGCUUCCAAAGGACUCCAUGCCUUUCAAAAGACUCCAAAAUUCCCAGGAAUCCAGGUCUUAUCCAAAAUCCAGGCCUCAACAAUAAUAUAGACCUUGCACAAGAUCCAGGCCUCCACAAGAAUCCACAUCUUGCUCAAAAUCCAGGCCUUCACAAAAACACAGGCUUUACUGAAGACCCUGUUCUCUGCAAGAACCUCAGCCCUUCCCAAAACACUGGCCUUAACAAGAAAUCAAGCAUUACUCAAGAUUGUGCCUCCCAAAAGAGUCCAGGUCCUACUCAAAAUGCUAGUGUCUUUAGGAUCCCAUGUUUCACCCAACCCUCUGGACUCCAGAAGAAUACACCAUUUACCCAAACUUCUGACCUUCAGGGGAAUUCAGACUUUAUACAAGACUCUGGAGUCAGUAGGAGUGAUGAACUAAACCAAGACACUGUGGUCUACAAAAGUCAAGACCUCUCUCAAGUAACAGAUCUUGAAAAGAGUCCAGGCCCUUGUCAAGAUUCUGGAGGUAACAAGAGUAUGGGAAAUAUCCAAGAUCCAGGAGCCCAUGGAAGCCUAGGCCUUAUCCAAGAUUCUAGAACACAGAAGAACCCAUGUUUUGUCCAAGACACUGAAGUCAACAAAAGUUCAGGACUUAUGCAGGAAUCUAGUACCCACAGGAACCCAGACCUUGUCCAAACCUCUGGCCUCCACAAAGUCUCAGGCCUCACUCAAGACUCAAGAGACUACAAGAAUCUAGGCCAUACCCAGGAUUCUGGAGUGAACAAAGUCCCAGGUCUUACCCAAAAUUCUGAUUGCCACAGGAGUACAGAUCUUCCCCAAGCCACUGAAGUUGGAAAAAGAUCCAAACUAACCCAAAAUGUUGGAGUUUACAGGAGCCCAGAACAAGGCCAAGAUUCUAACCUCCAUAAGUGUCCAGGAAUUAAUCAAGAUCCUGGCCCUCAAAAGGAUGCAGUAGUUGCCCAAAACUCUGGCCUCCCCAAUCCUCCCCAUCCUGACAAAUCUGGCCUUCACAAAGAUCCUGGUCUCCAUGAGAAUCCAAGCCUUGCUAUAACUACUGACUCAGUCCAAGUCUUAGAUACACAUCUGACCCCACAGUCAACACCGUGUUUGAAGAAGUCAUUUAAAUAUGAGACAGCUCCUCAGAAGGAGAGUGUAGAGCAUCAUGUAUCCUGGGCUUCUGUCCCAAACAACCAAAACUCCUGUCCUUCCAAGGUCCAGCUAAUCUCCACUGGCCUGCAAACCUUUUCAGAGGUACCUGUACUAGUUGAGCUGCAGCCAUCCUCCAGACAGGCAGGCAGCCAAGACUGGGUAUACCACCCUGUGGAUACAGUUCCUUCAGCCUUCCAGAACUAUCGCCAGAUGUCUAUGCCUCCCAAAAUCAACUGGAGGCCCCAGUGCCCUGGACCAAGCACCCGGAUAGGGCAUGUGGUCUUUGAUGCUCGACAGAGACACUUAGCAGUGGGCAGGGACAAAUGUGAAGCUCUGUCUCCCCGGCGCCUUUGCCGAGAGGCACCCAGCAACUCAGGGAGACCACCAAGGAGUGGGGAUACCAGAAUGUGAUGAGACCCUCAGACAAAGAGGGGACAAAUCAGUAAUAAAGAGAGAAGAGAAAUAUUCUUUGGUUUUUCUAGGACAUCCAUUCCAGACCCAUCCUUGAUGGUGACCACUGAAAGUCUAAUGAGGACUAGAACUAUCAUGUCCCUGCUACUACUCCACAGAUCCUUAGCCAAACCCAUUAUUCUCCAGGCCCCAGACCUGCAUUUACAAUAUAGUAGCCCACUAGCCAAAUGUGGCUAUCAAAAUGGCAAUCAAAAUUUAAAAUUAUGUUCCUCAGUCUCACUAUUUACUUUUUAAGGGCUUAAAAGCCACAUGUGGGUAGUAGCUGCUCUAUUGGACAGCACAGAUUCGGGAUGUUUCAUCAUCACAGAAAAUUAUUCUGUUGGAUAACAAUACUUUAGAGUUUAAAGAACCUUCCUUCCCCUUGUCAUCCAUCCCAACAUUUUCAAAAUACCCAAAGC